GAAAAAAAAAACAUGGUUUCCAUAUCCAUCGCCCACCACCCACCAUACAAAAACUUGCCACUUUUUAUUUUCCUUAGCGUGAAAACAGUUUGCAAUUUGGUGGUGCAUUUCUUUCCUCCUCCUCUCCUCUCUCUCUCUCUCUAACUCGUCUCUGUGCAGAGAAGAUUUAAUCGAGUAGAGGAGAGAGAGAGAGAUAGAGAAAGAAAAAAAAAAAGAGAGAGAGAGAGAGAGAUGGCAAUGAAUUAUAAGGUCUCGUUUGGCAUAUUUGCUACAAUUGCUAUUGUUUUUGCAAUCCUUCUGCCUGUUAUUGAAGGCCAUGGCCAUGACGGUUUUGCCCCUGCUCCUGCCCCAACUAGUGACGGGACAACAAUUGACCAGGGCAUUGCGUGUGGGCUGAUGGUGUUGGCUUUGGUGCUCACUUAUCUUAUCCACACCUUUGAUCAUUCUCCUUUCUCCGGUUGACUUUUUCCGUUGACUUCUUAUUUUUCUCCUGGAUUUACAAUUUCAUUAUUGCACUAAAAUAAUAAUUAUGAAUCUCCAUGUUUUUGAAUGUUUUGUAUGAUGGGGGUAAGAUUUUACUUGUGCAUCAAAUAUCGCAGUGUUUGGAAGUUAUUUUUAUUUUAUUUUGGGAUAUACGUUUUUA